AUGCCUGUGAGUUAGUACUGGGGCUUGGUGCAAUAGGCUUACACAUUUUAAUUUUGGGAUAUACACAAACAGUGUUCAUGUUGUGCGUAACGGUAAUCCUCGCCGUCUCUGCAGACCCUCAUCUGGCCCUGCUGCCGUCUGUCUGACGCGCUGCUCUUUGUCUGGGGAGGGCCCUGUGCGUCGGUCUAUGGUCUGGCUUGAGUGGGGUAGGGGCUUGGGCAGGACAUUUGUUUUGUCCUCCCCUGUUGACCUAUCUGGGUCGGAGGCCAGAGAGAUGGAUCAAUCGUGUGUGUGUGGGCGGGUAGUCAUGACCUGUUGGCGAGAGUUCAUGUGGGAAACCGUGGUGAUUGGACUGAUUUCAGGAAUUGAUUGCGCAAAUGUAAAUAACAAUUCGACAAUAAUGCAAAAAAAGAAAUGGCAAAUGCAUGCAACAAUUUCUGUUGGUCAGCUUUUAUGAAUUUCUGAGCAUCCUGUCCAAAUAUAGCUUAGCUACCAAUAAUUUCACCCACAUUGGUCAUCGUGCUGCUUAGACUCAUUGCCAAAACAAACAAAUUGUAUCUAAGACCAAAAUGCCUCUUAACUACUACUUACUUGUCCUUUUUUCCUCUUAGUGUCAUUUUAACAGGGUCUUAUUCAUUAGAGCACACCGUAGCAAAACAUUUUGCAACGCAAACAAAACGAGCAUUUCUUAUUGGACAAGUUAAGGUAGCCCCUCAUUGUUUGUCUGUUUUCUUCCGUUUAGUACCUAGUGAAUACGACCCAGCUGAAAUGAAUGUAUCAACCAACAAAUGUGUGUGUUUCUGUGUUUGGACCCCCCUAUAGGCCCGCCGGCCCCCACCUCCCUCUUCCAGCCCCCACGGAGGCCUGGCAUGGGCACCGUGGGGAAGCCCAUCCGCCUGCUGGCCAAUCACUUCCAGGUGCAGAUUCCCAAGAUUGAUGUCUAUCACUACGAUAUCGACAUCAAGCCUGAGAAACGGCCUCGGAGGGUCAACAGGUAAAUACAACUGGGCAUGGGGAGGGAAGGAGAGAAAUGUCUCUUUCGAGUGGAACAAGAAGGUGGAAAUUGAUUUUCAGAGAGAGGGAAAUUAAGUUGAUACUUUGAGGGUUUAGUUGUUUGGUAGAGGUUUUUAGUGGAGUUGAGGGAAUGUCCUUGUUAGCGAAAGAAGUCAAACUCAAGUGAGUUGUACGUGUGAAAAUAAAAAUGGGUCUUCAACAGAGCAGCGGGUGGGAAGUGGUUUAUUUGAACAAUUUAAUGUAUAGGGAAAGACGGUGAAGACUGGGAUCUUUUUGUGAAUGCAUUAUCUGGCCAUCUCAUGAUUCUCCUGUCUCACAGGGAGGUGGUGGACACAAUGGUUCGGCACUUCAAGAUGCAGAUCUUUGGUGAUCGACAACCGGGCUACGACGGGAAGAGGAACAUGUAUACGGCCCAUCCUCUACCCAUCGGGAGAGACAGGGUAAGCAAUCGCCUUCAUCACCAUUGUACCUCUGGUUGUUGUGACCAUGUAAUGGGCAGUCUCUACUUCCCAGCACCUCUAUCAGUUCUUGAAAGAGUUUUGAGUAGCCUCUGUUUUGACAGGUGUUUUUUUUUUUGCCACAUCCAGAACCAUCGAUUUGAUUCAUCUGUGUAUUCUAGGCCUUGACAAGUUUGUUUAGAUGUAUACACUGAGUGUACAAAACAUCAGGAACACCUUCCUAAUAUUGAGUUGCACCCCCGUUUUGUCCUCAGAACAGCCUCAGUUUGUCGGGGCAUGGACUCUAUAAGGUGUCGAAAGCGUUCCACAGAUAUGCUGGCCCAUGUUGACUCCAAUGCUUCCCACAGUUGUCAAGUUGGCUGUAUUUCCUUUGGGUGGUGGACCAUUCUUGAUACACACGGGAAACUGUUGAGCUUGAAAAACCCAGCAGCGUUGCAGUUCUUGACACACCCAAACUCGAUCACCUGGCACCUACUACCAUACCCUGUUCAAAGGCACUUAAAUAUUUUGUCUUGCCCAGUCACCCUCUGAAUGGCACACACAGUGCAUUCUGAAAGUAUUCAAACCCCUUCACAUUUUGCACAUGUUGUUACGUUACAGCCUCAUUCUAAAAUUGAUUAAAUUACAUUUUCCCUCAUCAAUCUACACACAAUACCCCAUAAUGACAAAGCGAAAACAGGUUUGUAGAUUUUUUAAAAACAUUUUAUAAAUAAAAAAAACCCAGGAUAUAUCACAUUUACAUAAGUAUUCAGACCCUUUACUCAGUACUUUGUUGAAGCGGCUUUGGCAGUGAUUACAGCCUCGAGUCUUCUUUGGUAUAACGCUACAAGCUUGGCACACCUGUAUUUGAAGAGUUUCUCCCAUUUAUUCUCUACAUAUCCUCUCAAGCUCUGUCAGGUUGGAUGGGGAGCGUCGCUGCACAGCUAUUUUCAGGUCUCUCCAGAGAUGUUAGAUCGGGUUCAAGUCCGGGCUCUGGCUGGGCCACUCAAGGACAUUCAGAGAUUUGUCCCGAAGCAACUCCUGCAUUGUCUUGGCUGUGUACUUAGGGUCGUUGUCCUGUUGGAAAGGUGAACCUUUGCCCCAGUCUGAGGUCCUGAGCGCUCUGGAGCAGAUUUUCAUCAAGGAUCUCUCUGUACUUUGCUCUGUUCAUUUGUGCCUCGAUCCUGACUAGUCUCCCAGUCCCUGCCGCUGAAAAACAUCCCCAAAGCAUGAUGCUGCCACCACCAUGCUUCACCGUAGGGAUGGUUCCAGGUUUCCUCAAGAUGUGCCACUUGGCAUUCAGGCCAAGGAGUUCAAUCUUGGUUUCAUCAGACCAGAGAAUCUUGUUUCUAAGAGUCCUUUAGGUGCCUUUUGGCAAACUCCAAGUGGGCUGUCAUGUGCCUUUUACUGAGGAGUGGCUUCAUCUGGCCACUCUACCAUAAAGGCCUAAUUGGUGGAGUGCUGCAUAGAUGGUUGUCCUUCUGGAAGGUUCUCCCAUCUCCACAGAGGAACUCUGGAGUUCUCUGACCAUCGGGUUCUUGGUCACCUCUCUGACCAAGGCCCUUCUACCCCGAUUGCUCAGUUUGGCCGGGCAGCCAGCUCUAGGAAGAGUAUUGGUGGUUCGAAAAUUCUUCAAUUUUAAGAAUGAUGGAGGCCACUGUGUUCUUGGGGACCUUCAAAGCUGCAGAAAUGUUUUGAUACCCUUCCCCAGAUCUGUGCCUCGACACAAUCCUGUCUCGGAGCUCUACGGACAAUUAUUUUGACCUAAUGUCUUGUUAUUUGGUCUGACAUGCACUGUCAACUGUGGGACCUUACAGUCUCUGAAUAUCCUUGAGUGGCCCAGCCAGAGCCUGGACUUAAACUCAAUCGAACAUCUCUGGAGAGACCUGAAAAUAGCUGUGCAGCGACUCUCCCCAUCCAACCGGACAGAGCUUGAGAGGUUCUGCAAAAAAAAUUAACCUGUUUUUGCUUUGUCAUUAUGAGGUAUUGUGUGUAGAUUCAGGAAAUAAAACUAUUUAAUCCAUUUUAGAAUAAGGCUGUAACGUAACAAAAUGUGGAACAAGUCAAGCGGUCUGAAUACUUUCCGAAUGCUCUGUAGAUACACAAUCCAUGUCUCAAUUGUCUCUUGGCUUAAAAAUCCUUCUUAAACUGGUCUCCUCCCCUUCAUCUACACUGAUUUUAAGUGGAUUUAACAAGUGACAUCAAUAAGGGAUCAUAGAUUUCAUCUGGAGGCACCUGGUCUGUCUGUCAUGGCAAGAGCAAGUGUUCCUAAUGUUUUGUACACUCAGUGUGGUUUAAGCGCAUCACAAAUGUGUUUUUAUUUGUGGCUUUUCAACCAUUUCCUAACACCCUGCCCUCUCUCGCUCUCUAGGUGGAUUUGGAAGUAACUCUGCCGGGGGAGGGGAAGGACCAGACCUUCAAGGUGUCUUUGCAGUGGGUGUCGGUGGUGAGCCUGCAGAUGCUCCUGGAGGCCCUGUCAGGCCACAAUGAGGUCCCCGAGGACUCUGUUCAGGCCCUGGACGUCAUCACCCGCCACCUGCCUUCCAUGAGGUACACAUGGCUUACACUAUACAUUUGCCAAGCUACAAAGUCAACAUUUUGAAAAAUGUAUUAACACAAAAAAAUGUGGUUUUUGAUCUUAAUUUAGGGCUGGUAGGGCUGUUGUGGUGACCGUAUUACCGGCCGUCAUGACUGCAGUAAAAUUCCACAUGACCGUUGAGUCACGGCAAUCUCCUUUUUUAUGCACUCUGGACAUGCAUUGGUAGUACCCAACUCACUGACGAUCAUCAGGUUGCUAAUGAUGGGGUAUUCAGGGCUCUAUUGUCCCUUUAACCACUCUGACGUCCAUGCAAAUGUCAUCAAAAUGGACAGCGCUUUCUAAGGUGGUGAUUAAUUUAAAACACCCAUACGCAUAUUAGAGCUUAUGCAUAGGCCUAUAUACAGUUGAAGUCGGAAGUUUACAUACACUUAGGUUGGAGUCAUUAAAACUUGUUUUUCAACCACUCCACAAAUUUCUUGUUAAAAAACUAUAGUGUUGGAUAGUCGGUUAGGAUAUCUACUUUGUACAUGACACAAGUAAUUUUUCCAACAAUUGUUUACAGACAGAUUAUUUCACUUAUAGAUCACUGUAUCACAAUUCCAGUGGGUCAGAAAUAUUGACUAAAUUGACUGGGCCUUUAAACUGCUUGAAAAAUUCCAGAAAAUGAUGUCAUGGCUUUAGAAGCUUCUGAUAGGCUAAUUGACAUUAUUUGAGUCAAUUGGAGGUAUGCCUUUUUUAUUUUUUUAUUUCACCUUUAUUUAACCAGGUAAGCCAGUUGAGAACAAGUUCUCAUUUACAACUGCGACCUGGCCAAGAUAAAGCAAAGCAGUGCGAUUUAAAAACAACACAGAGUUACAUAUGGGAUAAACAAAACAUAAAGUGGAUGUAUUUCAAGGCCUACCUUCCAACUCAGUGCCUCUUUGCUUGACAUCAUGGGAAAAUGAAAAGAAAUCGGGCAAGAACUCAGGAAAAAAAAUGUAGACCUCCACAAGUCUGGUUCAUCCUUGGGAGCAAUUUCCAAACGCCUGAAGGUACCAAGUUCAUCUGUACAAACAAUAGUAUGCAAGUAUAAACACCAUGGGAUCACACAGCCGUCAUACCGCUCAGGAAGGAGACGCGUUCUGUCCUCCUAGAGAUGAACGUACUUUGGUGCGAAAAGUGAAAAUCAAUCCCAGAACAACAGCAAAGGUCCUUGUGAAGAUGCUGGAGGAAACGGGUACAAACGUAUCUAUAUCCACAGUAAAACGAGUCCUAUAUCAACAUAACCUGAAAGGCUGCUCAGCAAGGAAGAAGCCACUGCUCAAAAACCGCCAUAAAAAAAGCCAGACUACGGUUUGCAACUGCACAUGGUGACAAAGAUUGUACUUUUUGGAGAAAUGUCCACUGGUGUAAUGAAACAGAAAUAGAACUGUUUGGCCAUAAUGACCAUCGUUAUGUUUGGAGGAAAAAGGGGGUCCUUGCAAGCCGAAGAGCACCAUCCCAACCAUGAAGCACGGGGGUGGCAGCAUCAUGCUGUGGGGGUGCUUUGUUGCAGGAGGGACUGGUGCACUUCACAAAAUAGAUGGCGUCAUGAGGAAGGAAAAUUAGGUGGAUAUAUUGAAGCAACAUCUCAAGACAUCAGUCAGGAAGUUAAAGCUUGGUCGCAAAUGAGUCUUCCAAAUUGACAACCCCAAGCAUACUUCCAAAGUUGUGGCAAAAUGGCUUAAGGACAACAAAGUCAAGGUAUUGGAGUGGCCAUCACAAAGCCCUGAUCUCAAUCCUAUAGAAUAUAUGUGGGCAGAACUGAAAAAGUGUGUGCGAGCAAGAAGGCCUACAAACCUGACUCAGUUACACCAGCUCUGUCAGGAGGAAUGGGCCAAAAUUCACCCAACUUAUUGUGGGAAGCUUGUGGAAGGCUACCCAAAACAUUUGACCCAAGUUAAACAAUUUAAAGGCAAUGCUACCAAAUACUAAUUGAGUGUAUGUAAACUUCUGACCCACUGGGAAUGUGAUGAAAUAAAUAAAAGCUGAAAUAAAUAAUUCUCUCUACUAUUAUUCUGCCAUUUCACAUUCUUAAAAUAAAGUGGUGAUCCUAACUGACCUAAGACUGCAUUUUUACUAGGAUUAAAUGUCAGGAAUUGUGAAAAACUGAGUUGAAAUGUAUUUGGCUAAGGUGUAUGUAAACUUCCGACUUCAACUGUAUGAGCCUAAUCCAAUUAAAAUUGUGCCUUUAUGCAACAGACAGCGUACCGCAUAUUACGCAGGGCAGAAAAACAUACAAAAAUGUAAGAUAUCUUUUGUACAUAAUUGGUGUAGCCUGUACCCCAAAAUUAAACAUUCAUAUUUGGCCUACAUUUAUAGUGAAUUUGUAUUUGAUUUUGAAUAGCCUAUUAAUAGGGCAUUUUUUAUAAUUAAUAGGCUGACCCAUUCCCUUUAGCUACAGAAUAUCUCACGAAAUGUGCGUUUCGAUCUCCUCCCCUCUCUCCUUCAUUGCUUUCUCGAGCGCGCAUAGAGAUGGGCUGUCAACCGUUUAAUGAAACAUGUUUAGUUCUGAAAACAUGUUACUAUUGCUUUUUCCGGAACUGAUUUCACUUGGUUUCCCAAGUGCACUGGGUAGCUGCAGGAACCGGGUUGGAGAGCCCAUGGCAUACAGAGUUUGGGUGAAAUAUCACCUGUCUCGCAGUGAGAGAGUGAAAUAACCGGAGUAGCCUACCCCGCAUGAGUGAAAAACAAACUGGUGGGGAAGUGGCCUCCAUUCGAGUGCAUACGGAUGACAUAUCCUUUUGCCCCGGUUCCUGACCAUUUGUGUAAUUGGCCAUUUACUAAUAUGUAAAAUUUGUUUAAAUUAAGAAUUACAAGAUUACAUUUAGAUUAGUCUGAUGGGUGAAAAUAUGAUCACUUGAUGAGAACAGCGUGUGGAGCCUGAGGCAAGGAACAAGCUUUUUUGCAACUUUCUCAAAUUAUCAAUAGCCUAUAGUUGCAUCAUAUCUUUUGAUUUCUAAGAUAUUCUAAGGUUUGUAUCAUUCACAACUAAAGUUGCCAAAUAACUCUAAAUAUAGCGUAUAGGACCUGUUUCAAAUGAUCACUUUUAUGCUCAACACUGCAACUUCAUAUGCGCACUCGCUCCGGAAUGGGAAAAAUAUCCUUUCUAUUUUAUUCAGCUAAGUUCAAAUAUAUUCUUCUUACUAUAAAAUCAUAUAAGGUAAUGGCACGGGACUUAAGCACAUCUUGUCAGCUAAAUGAACAAGCCUAUGGCAUGGCGCAUAGCCAGAUACCAUACAGUAGGCCAACUCAUUCUGUUCAUCUGAAAUAUAUUUUUCUUCAAAUCAUGUUUCUUUAGACCUGCCAAAAAUAUAAAUGCAACAUGUAAUGCGUUGGUCCAUUGUUUCAUGAGCUGAAAUAAAAGAUCCCAGAUAUCUUCCAUAUGCACAAAAAGCUUAUUUCUGUAAAAUGUUGUGCACAUUUGUUUACAUCCCUGUUAGUGAACAUUUCUCAUUUGCCAACAUAAUCCAUCCACUUGACAGAUGUGGCAUAUCAAGAAGCUGAUUAAACAGCAUGAUCAUUACACAGGUGCACCUUGUGCUGGGGACAAUAAAAGGCCACUUUAAAAUGUGCAGUUUUGCCACACAACACAAUGCUACAGAAGUUUUUACUGAGCGUGCAAUUGGCAUUCUGUCUGCAGUAAUUUCCUCCAGAACUGUUGCAAGAGAAUUGGAUGUUGAGUACUCUUCCAUAAGCCGUCUCCAACGUUGUUUUAGAGAAUUUGGCAGUACGUCCAACCGGCCUCACAAAUGCAGACCACUUGUAACCACGCAAGCCCAUGACCUCCACAUCCUGCGUCUUCACCUGCGGAAUCGUCUGAGACCAGCCACCCGGACAGAAGAUGAAACGGUGGGUUUGCACAACCGAAGAAUUUCUGCACAAACUGUCAGAAGCCGUCUCAGGGAAGCUCAUCUGCUUGGUCAUCGUCCUCACCAGGGUCUUGACCUGACUGCAGUUCUGCGUCGUAACCGACUUCAGUGGCCAAAUGCUCACCUUCAAUGGCCACUGGCAUGCAGGAGAAGUGUGCUCUUCACAGAUUAAUCCUGGUCUCAACUGUACCGGGCAGAUGACAGCAUGUAUGGUGUCGUGUGGGUGAAGGGUUUGAUGUCAACGUUGUGAACAGAGUGCCCCAUGGUGGGGUUAUGGUAUGGGCAGGCAUAAGCUAUGGAAAACGAAUACAUAAAAUCGAUGACAAUUUGAAUGCACAGAGAUACCGUGACGAGAUUCUGAGGCCCAUUGUCGUGCCAUUCAUCCACUGCCAUCACCUCAUGUUUCAGCAUAAUGCACGGCCCCAUGUCGCAAGGAUCUGUACAGGAUUUCUGGAAGCUGACAAUGUCCCAGUUCUUCCAUGGCCUGCAUACUCACCAGGCAUGUCACCCAUUGAGCAAAUUUGGGAUGCUCUGGAUCGACGUGCUCAACAGCGUGUUCGAGUUCCCGCCAAUAUCCAGCAACUUCACACAGCCAUUAAAGAGGAGUGGGACAACAUUCUAAAGGCCAGUCAACAGCCUGAUGAACUCUAUGUAACUCUAUGCAUUUGUCGUGCUGCAUUAGGUGAAUGGUGGUCACACCAGAUACUGAAUGCUUUUCUGAUCCACGCCCCUACCAUUAAAAAAAAAAAAAAAACUCUACGGGAUCGGUGUCCCGUAUACGGGACGGUUGAGCAAAUGUGCACUAAUGUGAUUAACAUGACUGUUGUAAGUAACAGUAAACUUUCCAGGACAUCGAUUAACAAGCUUUCUGCCCAUAUAAGACAAGUCUAACUGCACUGUCCAAUUUACAGUAGCUAUUACAGUGAAAAAAUACCAUGCUAUUGUUUGAGUGCACAACAACAAAAAACUUGUACUUACAUUCAGUAAUCUUGCUCUGAUUUGUCAUCCUAAGGGUCCCAGAGAUAAAAUGUAGCAUAGUUUUGUUUGAUAAAUUCCAUUUUUAUAUUCAAAUGUAGGAACUGGGGUUCUACAGUUUGAAUCCCUGCUGUCUCUGGCUCCACACCCACCCCGCCCGGCCAUCUAGAUGUGUGAAAGUUAGUGCAUAAGCUAAUGAUCCAUUUUGUAUGACAUUCCUGGGAGUGUAAACUUACAUUUUGUAUUACCAUAUCAUUUUUGUAUGUUCUCUAUAGUUAUGUACUUGAAAAUGUAUCAAUUGACCAAUUCAGCAGAUUUAAUACAAAAUAGUCUAGUAUUGCAAUGCUUCACUGGAUCAGUCUGAAACGUUGCACACACACAGGUGCCGUCUAGUGGACAAUAUCUAAAUUGCGCCUAAACUGUAACUUUAUAUUGUGGCCUUUCUCUUGCAUUUCAAAGAUGAUUAAACAAAAAAAGAACAAAAAACGCAUGUUAUCUUUCACCAGAUCUAAUGUGUUAUGUUCUCCUACAUUUUUUAUUUCACAUUUCCACAAACUUUCCUUUCAAAUGGUAUCAAGAAUAUGCAUAUCCUUGCUUCAGGUCCUGAGCUACAGGCAGGUAGAUUUGGUUAAUUAACGGUGAAUUACAGCGAGACCGGCAAUUUUUUGCAUGACAAUAACCGGCUGACAAAAUGUAAUGACCGACACAGCUCUAGGCAUAGGUACAUGGCUUUUAUAACAUGGCCCCAUAACACCUCUCUCUACCUGUGACAAAAUAUGUAUCAAAUAGCCUUGCCCAUAUAGACGGUGGCCUGUUUCCAUACAAAACUCCCAAACAAAUAACUCUGCCUAUGGACUAAUUCCAUAAGAACAAACGUGAGACCUUUUUGGAGAUUUUUCCCAGAGAACUUCCGUUGUGUCAUUCUGAGAUGUAAAGAGUGAUAUCUCACAGAAUAAUCUUGUCUGGCAUUUCUUGCUCCCAUCUGACUCUCCAUGUGGAUGUUUCCAGGUACACCCCAGUGGGGCGCUCCUUCUUCUCCCCUCCAGAGGGCUACUACCACCCCCUGGGCGGAGGGAGGGAGGUGUGGUUUGGCUUCCAUCAGUCGGUCCGUCCUGCCAUGUGGAACAUGAUGCUCAACAUCGAUGGUAAGAGCCCUUUUAAGGGUUAGACUUAAUUAUCUUCUGACUGUUAGUCAAUACAUUGACUCAAUCAUUUAAAAAAUCCCAGGCUAUGUGUGUGCUUGUACAUUUUGUGUUGGAGUAAUAUAACAUGGAUUGAUGGUUUCUUUGGUCAUGAACCCUACAUUUCCUUUGUCCCCCCACAGUCUCUGCCACCGCUUUCUACCGUGCCCAGCCUGUGAUCGAGUUCAUGUGCGAGGUGCUCGACAUCCAGAACAUCAACGAGCAGACCAAGCCACUCACCGACUCCCAACGCGUCAAGUUCACCAAGGAGAUCCGAGGUGGGUGGGGACCUGCAGGUCAGACAAAUGUUUUUACCAUGUUUCUACACACCAAGGCUGCAUCUGAAAUGGCACCCUAUAGACGUGUUAGCUGGCAACGUCACGAAAACAAUGCGCACGCUUCAAUGGGGCAGAAGUCUGUGUGUUGUGAUUCUGGAUGGCCAGAAAGCUAGCAACAAUGACAAGAAGCUGCCAUGUGGGGAAUCGUAGGUGUCUCGUUUUAUCUUGUUCUUGAUACCAUGUCUUGAGUUGACUGAUGUCACGUCUAUCCUAAUAUGGCAAAAAUUCGCUAGCUAAUGAACAACUGUAACGAUGUAUUUGAGACAUUUACAUUUUUUGUCAUUUAGCAGACGCUCUUAUCCAGAGUGACUUACAGUUUUAGUGAGUGCAUAAAUUUUUCAUACUGGCCCCACGUGGGAAUCGAACCCACAACCCUGGCGUUGCAAGCGCCAUGCUCUACCAACUGAGCUACAGGAGGCCCUAUGACGAGUGCUCAUUGUGCAAAUGAAGUUUGUUUUCAAUAAAUAUUGGGAGACUAAAUAUAGUUUCAAUGUUGUCAACAAUCUAAGGCAACCCCAUAGUUGCGUACGCGUCGGUUUUGUUGCUAAACAACCAAGCCGUCUAUUCACUAUAUAAUGCAUUACUUUUGGGCCCUGGUCAAAAGUCGUGCACUACAUAGGGAAUAGGGUGACAUUUCGGAGGUGCCCCACACCUUAUUAGACGGCAUCCACCCACCCAGACAAUUGUACUGUACUACAUGUUAGUGUACCUCAGGGUCGCGUGUCAAGUCCAUUGCAAUUCAGGAAGCUUGAGAAUUGUGAAAAAUCUUUACUGAAAAUAAAUUACCCUUUGUAACUCGUAUCUCUUGACUUGGAAUUUCAAUGGAUAGGAAUUGAGAUGGAAUUGACACCCAUCUGUGAUGUACACCCAUAAUCUGCACUAUGGGCUGAAUCCUAACGUGAGAUAUGCAUGCUUGACUCUUAACUUACUGUAACUUUUGUGUAAAUCAUGCAUUGCUGUGAAUGGGUUUUGAGUUAUGCACAGCCAUCCCAAGUUCGACUUAGGCCAUGUUAAAAGGCAAUCCGUCACCAAUAAGAGCAAAACCACGGUCUUGCUCAACAGUCAAAGAUGGAGUGACUCACCAACUGUCUACAUUUUCAAUGAUGCUAAAAUGUCAGUUUCAAACUCCACUCGUUAUCUCUCCCAUCUUUUUAUUAGUCUGUGGCCCUAUUUUGAUGUGCUCUUCUGGGUGUUUCUAUGUAUAUGUUUUUCGCUCUCAGGUCUGAAAGUCGAGGUCACCCACUGUGGUCAGAUGAAGAGAAAGUAUCGCGUGUGCAAUGUCACUCGCCGCCCCGCCAGCCACCAAACGUAAGUGCUGCACUAGUUGCUACACAUUCCAGUUAGCGUCUUCCACGUGUCCCUACGGCCCUAGCCGCCCUACGUGAAGUUUCUCUUCUGAUUAUAUAUAAUUUUUUUUAUCAACCUAUGCUAAAAUACAAACCAUCUCGAUCUCUUGAUACAAUAUCAUGUUGAUGCAAAACCCAAGACAAGAAGCAUUGCUCUUUUGGUUUAUUAAUAUGGUGUAUUAUUAUGUCCUUGUCUGCCUGUUGCUCAGGUUCCCCUUACAGUUGGAGAAUGGCCAGGCCAUGGAGUGUACAGUGGCUCAGUACUUCAAGCAGAAGUACAGCCUACAGCUCAAAUACCCCCACCUGCCCUGCCUACAAGUGGGGCAGGAACAGAAGCACACUUAUCUACCCCUGGAGGUGAGAGGGUGGCUCUAAAACACACACACACACCUCAAAUUAACCCCUACUGUAUGUAUAGAGUACACAAGAGUUCGCUGCAAGUGAUGUUUCUCUCACAGUGGUCUACCAAGCGUUCGUGGCUUUGACGAAAUUACCUGAAGGCAACACUGAUGCACUCAUUGCACCUAUGCAUUUUCGUACCUAGGCAUGGUCAGACUUUAGUUUCCAGCUUACUGCCGUUCAUUAGGCACCAAAUGGAAGCGGACGGAAACAGGAGUACCUGGACUUGUCCAAUAAAAAACAAUAUUUUUCAUGUUUUUCCAUUACUUGAAUACUGUGAUAGAGGAAGGCCCUAAAAAUGGUCAAAGACUCGAGCCACCCUAGUCAUAGACUGUUCUCUCUGCUACCAAGCGGUACUGGAGUGCCAAGUCUAGGUCCAAAAGGCUUCUUAACAGCUUCUACCCCCAAGCCAUAAGAGUCCUGAACAGCUAAUCAUGGCUACCCAGACUAUUUGCCCCCCCCUCACCCCAACCCCCUCUUUUACACUGCUGCUACUCUGUUUAUUAUUUAUGCAUAGUCACUUUAACUCUACCCACAUGUACAUUUUUACCUCAAUUACCUCGACUAACCAGUGCCCCCGCACAUUGACUCUGUACCGGUACCCCCUGUAUAUAGCCUCCCUGGUGUUAUUUUAUUUUACUACUGCUCUUUAAUUACUUGCUAUUUUAUAUUUUUUUACUUAUCCAUUUUUUACUUAACACUUUAUUUAUUUUCUUAACUGCAUUGUUGGUGAAGGGCUUGUAAGUAAGCAUUUCACUGUACACCUGUUGUAUUCGGCGCAUGUGGCAAAUCAAAUUUGAUUUGAUAUUCAGUAACUAACUAUUCUGUCCGCAUACAGGUUUGUAAUAUUGUGGCCGGGCAGCGCUGCAUCAAGAAGCUGACAGAUAACCAGACCUCCACCAUGAUCAAAGCUACAGCACGUUCUGCACCCGACAGGCAGGAAGAGAUCAGCCGACUGGUGAGUGACUACUGCUCCCUCGGUGGUGGGAGUGUUAACUGCAACACAGGAAGUGGAGAGCUGUAGUCUGAGGCAGCCAUGAGGUUUUUGCAAGGAAAAUGCACUGUUGUGUCUUUUGAGUGUUAGCCAUGUCAGUGUUACUGUUUUCUAAAGAUGUGUGGUUGUCCAGAAAUGGUCCCCAGUCUUGAAACACCAACCUCAAUACACGUAUCUCUUGCCUGGCGUCAUAUGGUUUCCCUGCUCUGAAUAUUCCAUGUCCCCCCCAAUUUCAUAGAGGCUGGGUUGCUGUAAGGUAACCGUUUGUGUAAAAAGGGCUUUAUGAAUUGAUUGAUCCGUUAUUGGUAUUGCUGAUGGUCGAUUGAGGUAGAACUCUAAAUGAUUGAUUCACAAAAAAAAAAUUUGACCCAUUACCUUGAUUCGGUCCUUUUUGUAGCAAAAUUUGAUAUGGUGUUUUUUUCACAUUGGUUAAAAGUAGAGACUCGGAGCUAGAACAUUUUAAAUCUUACACUGCAGUUGAGGAACAAUGGGAAAGUAAAUCUGCUUUGAAAGUUGACAAACUUGUAACCCCACCAGAAAAUGGCCUGUGACUGUUUUGGUACACCUACUGGAGAGCUCUUCUUUGUCUACACCCAUUCAGCAUUGUUCACACCCUCUUAAGCCUUAGACCCACCCAUCUCUUUAAGGAUACAUGUGUGAGGCCAUGUGCUAAACAGAGUAAGGUAGUGUAGUUAACAACCAAAGAUGAAGACUAAAAGUGUCGAAAUUGGUAGUGAAAAUACACUAUCUAGUCCUUGGCCUACAUCCUAAUCGGUCUUUGGUGCAUGUCAUGUUUUUAUUUUAUUUUAUUUCACCUUUUAUUUAACCAGGUAGGCCAGUUGAGAACAAGUUCUCAUUUACAACUGCGACCUGGCCAAGAUAAAGCAAAGUAGUGCGAUUUAAAAACAACAACAGUUACAUAUGGGGUAAACAAAACAUAAAGUCAAAAAUACAACAGAAAAUAUAUAUACAGUGUGUGCGAAUGUAGUAAAUUAUUACAUUUACAUUUUAGUCAUUUAGCAGACGCUCUUAUCCAGAGCGACUUACAGUUAGUGAAUACAUAUAUAUUUUAUGGAGGUAAGGCAAUAAAUAGGCCAUAGUGCAAAAUAGUUACAAUUUCGUAUUAACCCUGGAAUGAUAGAUGUGCAAAAGAUGAUGUGCAAAUAGAUACUGGGGUGCAAGUCAUUGGCAGCAGAGAACUGGAUGGAAUGGUGGCCAAAGGAGGUGUUGUCUUUGGGGAUGACCAGUGAGAUAUACCUGCUGGAGCGCAGACUACGGGUGGGUGUUGCUAUGGUGACCAGUGAGAUAAGAUAAGACGGGGAAUUGCCUAACAGUGCUUUAUAGAUGACCUGGAGCCAGUGGGUUUGGCGACGAAUAUGUAGUGAGGGCCAGCCAACAAGAGCAUACAGGUCACAAUGGUGGGUAGUAUAUGGGGCUUUGGUGACAAAACGGAUGGCACUGUGAUAGACUACAUCCAAUUUGCUGAGUAGUGUUGGAGGCUAUUUUGUAAAUGACAUCGCCGAAGUCAAGGAUCGGUAGGAUAGUCAGUUUUACGAGGGCAUGUUUGGCAGCAUGAGUGAAGGAGGCUUUGUUGCGAAAUAGGAAGCAGAUUCUAGAUCUAACUUUUGAUUGGAGAUGCUUAAUGUGAGUCUGGAAGGAGAGUUUACAGUCUAACCAGACACCUAGGUAUUUGUAGUUGUCCAUGUACUCUAGGUCAGACCCGCCGAGAGUAGUGAUUCUAGUCGGGUGGGCGGGUGCAAGCAUCGUUUGGUUGAAGAGCAUGCAUUUAGUAUUUAAGAGCAGUUGGAGGCUACGGAGGGAGUGUUGUAUGGCAUUGAAGCUCGUUUGGAGGUUUGUUAACACAGUGUCCAAUGAAGGGCCAGAUGUAUACAAAAUGGUGUCGUCUGCAUAGAGGUGGAUCCGAGCGUCACCAGCAGCAAGAACAACAUCAUUGAUAUACACAGAGAAUAGAGUCGGCCCAAGAAUUGCACCCCCAUAGACUGCCAGAGGUCCAGACAACAGGCCCUCUGAUUUGACACAUUGAACUCUAUCUGAGAAGUAGUUGGUGAACCAGGCGAGGCAGUCAUUUGAGAAACCAAGGCUAUUUAGUCUGCCAAUAAGAAUGCGGUGGUUGACAGAGUCAAGCUUUGGCCAGGUCGAUGAAGACGGCUGCGCAGUACCGUCUUUUAUCGAUCGCAUUUAUAAUAUUGUUUAGGACCUUGAGCGUGGCUGAGGUGCACCCAUGACCAGCUCAGAAACCGGAUUGCAUAGCGGAGAAGGUACGGUGGGAUUCGAAAUGGUCGGUGAUCUGUUUGUUGACUUGGCUUUCAAAAACUUUCGAAAGGCAGGGCAGGAUGGAUAUAGGUCUGUAACAGUUUGGAUCUAGAGUGUCACCCCCUUUGAAGAGGGGGAUGACUGCGGCAGCUUUCCAAUCUCUGGGGAUCUCAGACGUUACGAAAGAGAGGUUGAACAGGCUAGGAAUGGGGGUUGCGACAAUUUCGGCAGCUAAUUUUAGAAAGAAAGGGUCCAGAUUGUCUAGCCCAACUGAUUUGUAUGGGUCCAGAUUGUUCAGCUCUUUCAGAACAUCAGCUGUCUGAAUUUGUGUAAAGGAGAAGCGGAGGGGGCAUGGGCAAGUUGCAGCGGAGGGUGCAGAGCUGGUGGCCGGGGUAGUGGUAGCCAGGUGGAAAGCAUGGCCAGCCGUAGCAAAAUGCUUGUUGAAAUUCUCGAUUAUUGUAGCUUUAUCGGUGGUGACCCUGAAAAGUUGCAUAUCGCGGGGGCUGUUCGAUGCUAAUGCAGUACGCCACAGGAUGUUUUUGUGGUCUUCACAUUACCGUCUCUGGGAAACGCACACUAUAUCAAAUAUAAUCAAAGUUGAUUUGUCACAUUCACAGGGUACAGUGAAAUGGUUACUUGCAUAGUCUUUUGUUUAGACCCAUAAUCCUAACCCGUACUACUAUGCACCGUGCAUGAAUCUGCAGGUACAGUGCAUUGCAAAAGUAUUCAUCCCCCUUGGCGUUUUUCCUAUUUUGGUGCAUUACAACCUGUAAUUUUUAUUUGGAUUUCAUGUAAUGGACAUACACAAAAUAGUCCAAAUUGGUGAUUUAAUAACUUGUUUAAAAAAAAUCAAAAACAUAAAUCACGGAAAUGUAUUGCUUGCAUAUGUAUUCACCCCCUUUGCUAUGAAGCCCCUAAAUAAGAUCUGGUGCAACCAAUUACCUUCAGAAGUCACAUAAUUAGUUAGACUGCACACAGGUGGACUUUAUUUAAGUGUCACAUGAUCUCAGUAUAUAUACACCUGUUCUGAAAGGCCUCAGAGUCUGCAACACCUCUAAGCAAGGGGCACCACCAAGCAAGCGGCACCAUGAAGCUCUCCAAACAGGUAACGGACAAAGUUGUGGAGAAGUACAGAUUAGGGUUGGGUUAUAAAAAAAGUAUCCGAAACUUUGAACAUCCCACGGAGCACCAUUUUUAAAUCCAUUAUUAAAAAAAUGGAAAGAAUAUGGCACCACAACAAACCUGCCAAGAGAGGGCCGUCACCAAAACUCACGGACCAGGCAAGGAGGGCAUUAAUCAGAGAGGCAACAAAGGGACCAAAGAUAACCCUGAAGGAGCUGCAAAGCUCCACAGCGGAGAUUGGAGUAUCUGUCCAUAGGAUUACUUUAAGCCGUACACUCCACAGAGCUGGGCUUAGACAUUUGGUGUUCGCCUAAAGGCAUGUGGGAGACACCCCAAACAUAUGGAAGAAGGUAGUCUGGUCAGAUGAGACUAAAAUUGAGCUUUUUGGCCAUCAAGGAAAACGCUAUGUCUGGCGCAAACCCAACACCUCUCAUCACCCCGAGAACACCUUCCCCACAUUGAAGCAUGAUGGUGGCAGCAUUAUGCUGUGGGGAUGUUUUUAAUCGGCAGGGACUGGGAAACUGGUCAGAAUUUGAAGGAAUGAUGGAUGGUACUAAAUACAGGGGAAUUCUUGACGGAAACCUGUUUCAGUCUUCCAGAGAUUUGAGACUGGGACGGAGGUUCACCUUCCAGCAGGACAAUGACCCUAAGCAUACUGAUAAAGCAACACUGGUUUAAGGGGAAACAUUUAAAUGUAUUGGAAUGGCCUAGUCAAAGGCCAGACCUCAAUCCAAUUGAGAAUCUGUGGUAUGACUUAAAUAUUGCUGUACUCCAGCGGAACCCAUCCAACUUGAAGGAGCUGGAGCAGUUUUGCCUUGAAGAAUGGUCAAAAAUCCCAUUGGCUAGAUGUGCCAAGCUUAUAGAGACAUACCCCAAGAGACUUGCAGCUGUAAUUGCUGCAAAAUGUGGCUCUACAAAGUAUUGACUUUUUGGGGGGGUGAAUAGGUAUGCACGCUCAACUUCUGUUUCUUUUGUCUUAUUUCUUGUUUGUUUCACAAUUUAAAAAAAUAUUUUGCAUCUUCAAAGUGGUAGGCAUGUUGUGUAAAUGAUACAAACCCCCCAAAAAUUGUAAGUCCAGGUUGUAAGGCAACAAAAUAGGAAAAAUGCAGAGGGGGGUGAAUACUUUCGCAAGCCACGGUAGCUAAAGCUAACCAACUAGAUUCAAUGUUAGCUAGCUAACAUUAGGCUAUAACUAGCAAUGCAAAUGGUUUUCUGAGAUACUAAUAAUAUUGCUACACAGCUCAUACACGUAACGUUUGCUAACAAGCCAGCCAGCUAACGUUAGCUAGCUAACAGUAUGCUUUAACUUGCAAUAAACUACUUUCUGACAAAAUUUGAAAUGUAUAAUAUCAGAAAAUGUAGCUAGACUCUUAACCGUAUACAUGGAUAAACGCUUCUCCCUCUGUCAUGGAUGCCAUGGUUGCCCUUAGUUUGAAUACUUAUUCUGGGAGACAGGUGUUUUAUACAACAGCCUUCUGUGUUCUCUUUUUGACUCCCACCGCAUUUGCCAUCAUACUCUACCGGACAUUCCACUGAUUUCAAAACUCGGUCAACUUCUUCUGUGACAACAUUGUUGAUCGCCGUUUCUUCCCCAUCACUGUCAUCAGAAGACUCUACGAUGUUAACCUGGAAGCCAUCCGCACCAAUGUGUCGGAGGAAACGCCGUCCAACUGUCGACCCAAGUACGCUUGCAGGUGCCCGGCUCGCCACGAGUCGCUAGAGCGCGAUAAGACAAGGAAAUCCCAGCCUGCCAAACCCUCCCCUAACCCGGACGACGCUGGGCCAAUUAUGGGUUUCCCGGUCACGGCCGGCUGUGACACAGCCUGGGAUCGAACCCGAGGCUGUAGUGACGCCUCAGCACUGCGAUGCAGUGCCUUAGACCGCUGCGCUACUCGGGAGGGCACACUAGACUUGUAAUUUAACAAAAACAAUUAUUCGUAUUUACAGAUGGCAUACAAGUUUGUUAUUAAGGCACAUGAAAGUUUACGUUUUUCUUGGCAAAAAAACACAUUUCCUGUGAAGUAGUGACGUGCGACAUAUGCCUAGCUUCCUGCAGCGGGUCACAAAUACUCUAGACACUAGCAGGAAAUCCAAGUCUUCUCUGCUUGCCUAACCCCUUUCCUCCUUUUCACACCACCCUCUCUCACUUCGCCCCCCCCCCCAGGUCAAAAGCAACAGCAUGGUCGGCGGUCCCGACCCCUACCUGAAGGAGUUUGGCAUCGUGGUGCACAACGACAUGACUGAGGUGACGGGCCGAGUCCUCCCAGCGCCCAUGCUGCAGUAUGGGGGCCGGGUGAGUACCGACACUGGGCGGGACUGUGGCAGGGUGAGUACUGGGGCACCGGGCUGGGCCAAUCUAUCACGGGAGGGAAGGGCUGUGUGUGUGUGUGUGUGUGAGAAAGAAAAGGGUGAGUGGACUAUCCAAGGGGAGGAGGAUGAGACUUCAUGCCACACAGCACAUUUAAUUAAAUGAUAUAACCCUUACCAAAAAAACAGGCUUGUGGCAAACCUUUGGCCAAUUUGCUGCACAUUUGCUCCAACCUCUUAUUUUCACAUGCAAAUUAGUUUUGUGGCAAACUUUUGCGCCGACUUGUGAACUUCUGGCAAGCAAUUCUGGGAAACUUGUGGCGAACAUUCUACUAUUUGCUGCAAGCUCGGUGUGAAUAUGCAAAUUAGAUCCGGUUUUUGGUUACUGUGUGUUAACAACUUUGAAAUGUUGUAUCUACAUAAUCACAUAUAGGCCAAACUUUAAAUGAACUUGCUUCUCACAGAGGACUAAACUAAACAUACUGAAUAUACUAAACAACAAGUCUUAACAGAGAAAAAUAAAUCCAAUACAACUUGAAAUCAUCAGCAUGCUAAUGAAGAAAAGAGCAAAGACUGGAUUGACUUUGGAAAAACGUGGUCAGCUGUUACAAAGCUGCCUUGAUGUUGCUAUGCUUCUCACUGAAACUGCCGUUCUAUAUAUUUUUCAGCAAGGAAACAAUGUUUCUGCCUUGUAUAAAUGCUAUAUAAACAAACGAUGUAGCUAGCAUAAACUGGGACUUAGGCCUACUAAAUCUACUUUUAAAUGUGUGGCCAACUGUUUCUAGAGCCACAGUAUACACUAUUUUAUGCAACAAUAUACAAGCCUCAACACAAUUGAUUUAAAACUAAUCAACUAAUUAUGAUAAUCAAUCUAGACUGGGGCCUGCUGCAUUAAGAGACAGUUGUCAACUAGUUGUCUCUUCUUCCUGACUCGGGUGUAUAAGGCUUGGGUGGAAGAAAAGUAACAUAGAAUUGAGUUAUGCCUAAUAUGGCAAUUCAUAUUUUUCCAAAAUGAAUUAUUGUUAACUUACAUCUCAAAGCCAUACAUGCAAGAAGCCUUGACCUGGUGCAUACAUACACUGAGUGUACAAAACAUUAAGAACACCUACCUAAUAUUGAGUUGCACCCACCCCUUUGCCCUCCAGAACAGCCUCAUUUCAUCAGGGCAUGGACUCUACAAGGGGUCAAAAGCGUUCCACAGGGAUGCUAGCCCAUGUUGACGCUGAUGCUUCCCACAGUUGUCAAGUUGACUGGAUGUCCUUUGGGUGGUGGAUCAUUCUUGAUACACACGGUAAACUGUUGAGCAUGAAAAACCCACUAGUGUUGCAGUUCUUGACACAAACCGGUGCGCCUGGCACCUACUACCAUACCCCGUUCAUAGCCACUUCAAUCUUUUGUCUUAACCAUUCACCCUCUGAAUGGGACACAUACACAAUCCAUGCCUCAAUGCUUAAAAAUCCUUCUUUAACCUGUCUCCUCCCCUUAAUCUACACGGAUUUAACAAGUGACAUCAAAUAAGGUAUCAUAGCUUUAACCUGGAUACACCUGGUCAGUCUCAUGGAAAGAGCAAUUGCUCUUAAUGUUUUGUAUACUCAGAAUAAUACAUGCAUUUGCUUAACUUAUCAAGCUUGACGACGAUACACAUUUAUCACAAAAAAAAAAGUGUUAUGAGUGAGUGCGCCACAAACAUCUUUCCAGGGUGUUGAUGCAUCCUCCUCCCAAUACAGCCGCUUCCAACACCACAGGUAGGGGAAGGGUAUCCUUCUGCAAAAGUGAAGUCUUGCUUUGAUUAUAUUGUUGCUACUUUAUCUGUUGUGCUAGCUAACAUGCUACUGAACAGUGACACUAGCAUGUUAUUAAAAUACAGCAACGUAUUCACCAAAAAAUAUGUGUUUAGGCAAACAUCUGCAAACUUCUGGCAACAUUAUGUGGCACACUAUUUAGUUUCUGUGAAUUUGUGGCAAAUUUGCAGCAAAAUUUUUUUUGGUAAAGGGACCUUCAUCCCUGAAGGGCAGUUAUUAUUGCAUAUUAUAUGUAGGCUAUAUACAUGGUCUCUACAUAAUAAGUUCUGUACAGUCUUUAUAUAAUGUUUGGUAAGGGUAGACCUCUUCCACAGACCUUGUUAUAGGUCCAAUGUGGACUGUAAAACCGCAUGUUCCAUAUGGAUAAUUGGGCUGAACUUGGCUUGAAAUUGCACGUUAGAGAAACAUUUGGUCACUGAAAUAGCUUUUAAUCGGGAUGUAGUAAAAGUUUUGGCACAGUAUUGCUGGGUUAUAUGCAUUUUAUUGGGCCUAUUUACAGUUUCUUGAGUGGUUUGGACUUCUGCCUGCUGGGUAAUGGAGUAUUAUCGUCAUCCUCUGAAAUGUGGACUGAUUGCUUUUCUCGUCGCACUUAACUAUUAAUUUGUAUGACUGACAUCUUUCAGCCCUUUUAACUGUUAUUGUUGUAGCUGUAAUAGGUUUGUGAUGGGAAAAGCAACUGUCCUUGUAUUCUUUUGUCACUCCAUCACUGUGUUAUCAUGCUGAUGUUUAUAAUAUGUUGCUGUAAUUACAGUGGAAAGCUUUGAUAAUCAUCACUUAUCGUUUCACUGAUAAAUUGCUGUUAAUUUGAUGUGAUAUGCACGACUGUAUUAGUAUUGAGUGUAAUCACAGUCUAAUGUAUAUGUGAUUCAAUGCUGGAUCAGCCCACCAGUUUUCAGGGCUUUUUCAUUCUUGAACUGCACAUUUAUGUAUAGUUUGCUGGAGAAUACCAUAUGGUUGCCUAAUUGUUUCAAGAGAGGGUAGCCUAACUCGACACAAUGCAAAAUUGAAGCAGAGACGCUACAGGCCCUGAACACUGGAGGAACUGCUAUUCAUAGCUAGAAUGAUCUGAUAAUAUCUGGGCCUGUAUCCACGAAGCGUCUCGGGAGUAGGAGUGUUGAUCUAGGAUCUGUCCAAACAAUCUUAUUAUUCAUUAUGAACUGAAAAGCAAAACUGAUCCUAGAUCAGCAGUGGCACUCUUACUCUGAGAAGCUUUGUGACUACGAACCCUGAUAUAUCUUGUGUUGUACAAUAGUAACCAUGAUGGUCAUGUCUAUUCUAUACAUGAAUGUUCUGCCCUGUUGAAUAAGCUUCUGGUGCUGUCUAGCACGUGGAGGGUUUGCCUGUAGGCUACUUGCUAUGGGAUUGUGUGUGUGUGUGUGUGUGUGUGUGUGUGUGUGUAACAGGAGCUUACGGUAGAACUUUCCUCAAACCACAGAUCUAGGGUCAGAUUCUCCUACCCCCCCCCCCCCCCAAUCCUAAUCACCCCCAUUUAGUCAUAUGUCAAAGGAUCUGACCCUGUAUCAGUGGUAAGUGGCAACUUCUACCCGCAACGGUGUGGUGCGGGUGGGGGACUUGGAUCUGCUGUGUCGGCUGGUUAAACCGGGGGGUUCACUAAGAGCGUAGGGACUCUCUCCGCAGAAUAAGACCGUGGCCACGCCCAACCAGGGCGUGUGGGACAUGCGGGGGAAGCAGUUCUACGCCGGGAUAGAGAUCAAGGUGUGGGCCGUGGCCUGCUUCGCCCCACAGAAACAGUGCAGAGAGGACCUGCUCAAGUGAGUAAUCUGCCCAUCAACCUUGGUAGACACACCACUCCACCCACAAAUACCCAUAGCCCUCCUUAGUCUGUGUGGUGACCAUGACUCAUUUUAGGCCAAAAUCCAAACUUGAGAUCUGUGGGCUUAUCUAAAAAAUUAUUCAAAUCUCCCAAUGAUGUACGCAAACUAGUUGAGCAAAUGUAUCUUAAGUUAGGAUUUGGACUACAAAACUUCCAACUUAUUGUUCAACAGUUUGAAUGCAGUAUUAUGGCUCUAGUCUACAUUCCCUAAAGGUUUGUUCAUGGUUCUCUAGGAGCUUCACAGACCAACUGAGGAAGAUCUCGAAGGAUGCGGGGAUGCCCAUCCAGGGCCAGCCAUGUUUCUGUAAAUACGCCCAGGGAGCGGACAGCGUGGAGCCCAUGUUCAAACACCUCAAGCUGUCCUAUGUGGGACUGCAGCUCAUCGUGGUCAUCCUACCCGGCAAAACCCCUGUCUACGGUAAGAAUCAUUUUGACAGUUUGUUUGGGAAAUCUAUUCUUAUGUUGAAAGAAAGGGCAAACUAACUUCAAUUAGUCUCUGUCUCUUCCUAGUGUCUUUUUAUGGAUUUCCUCUGUCUUAUGGUUUUGCAUGAUUUGCAUAAAAUAUUUGAUAAAUAGAAUUGGAAGGAUUGAAAAUGGCGGUAGGGGAAAGAACACCCCUCAAUUUCCACUAGUGACUUGAGGAACACCAGUUCACUCCUCAUGCUUAAAAUGUUAAGAACCAAUCUGCUAGCUACUGUUUUCACAUUGCAUUUGAGAUUAUUAGAGCUAAAUUAUUAUUGUUCUGUGGUCCUGGUACCACAGCGGAGGUGAAGCGGGUAGGAGACACUCUCCUGGGCAUGGCCACUCAGUGUGUCCAGGUGAAGAAUGUGGUGAAGACAUCCCCCCAGACCCUCUCCAACCUCUGCCUCAAGAUCAACGCCAAGCUGGGCGGCAUCAACAAUGUCCUGGUGCCCCAUCAGAGGUGGCAACAACACACACACACACACACACACACACAAAUGUAUUCUGUAUUGUGCCAAAGACUUAUACCUCCUCUCUGAGAGCAAAGCACGCAUACACACACCGUAAACUCUGUACCUUUAUUUUAUUUGACAUCUGUCCUUUUUUUUUUUUUUUUUACAACCUCGACUCCCCCAGACCCUCUGUGUUCCAGCAACCUGUCAUCUUCCUAGGGGCGGACGUCACUCACCCUCCAGCCGGCGACGGCAAGAAGCCCUCCAUCGCAGCGGUGGUGGGCAGCAUGGACGGCCACCCCAGCCGCUACUGUGCCACGGUGCGCGUGCAGACGUCGCGCCAGGACCUGUCCCAGGAGCAACUGUACAGCCAGGAGGUCAUCCAGGACCUGACCAAUAUGGUGCGCGAGCUGCUCAUCCAGUUCUACAAGUCAACGCGCUUCAAGCCCACACGCAUCAUCUACUACCGCGGUGGUGUGUCUGAGGGCCAAAUGAAACAGGUGACUGGGAGGGUGAUGCUUGUCUGUGUGGUGUUUUGGUUCAUUAGGUUUUCAGUUUUCUCUCCCUGUACUGAAUUGACCAUUUGAAUUACAUUACAAAAUGGUUUCUUAUAUUGAGUCGGUGGCUGGUUAACCCUUUGAGUAGUGAGUGUUCUUUGAUGAAAUUUCAGUCUAAAUAAGGGUUUAAUUCACAGCCCUUUUGCGAUACCUUAAGUGACAUAAAAGGUUGCAUAUGCUAUCAGUACUCCUUAAAGGGUUUAGAAGGUACCGGACAGUGUUAAUCUUGGCAUUUUUGGCAUUUGAACAAUGAUUUAGUCUAGUUAUCAAAAUGAAAAUAAUGGGACAUUUUAGUCAACUAAAUGCCCUUUCAUGUUAGUCACAUCACAUGAUAUUGCCUAAUUAACCUAUAGUAAACAUAAAUCACUGACUUCCGUGUGCACAAACAUGCAUAGCCUUGUCCUACCAACAUAUCUUUCUGCAUAACAUUGGCAGAAGAACGCAUUACUCAGCAGCAGAUAAAAAAAUCACACCCCUUGACCGGGCUCCAGAGGAACAUUUCCCCUUGCCACAAACUUUUUCAGUUGGUGGCACCAGCCCAUGAUUUAGUCGCGCAAAUUUUUUCCCGCAGCGUCAAGCAAUAGAAAACAAUUAAUCACCUUAAGUCAUUCACAGUGCUUUAGAUUGUAAUAGACUACUGAGAUGGUAGGCUAUUCAAGAAAUAAGUAGUUUCAUCUAACAUGUCCAAGCAGGAAUGCAUCAUUGAAGAUAUUUUGACGUGAAACCUAAUCAAGUGAUUGUCAUGAAUUGUGACAAUAGGGUAUUGUUAUAUUUUACUUUUAAAAUAGGGCUUCUGAAUUUUGUUGUUCAAUAGAGAUGAAUUUGCCUAAAUCUUUAUGUGCACUAAUAUCAUAGGGGUCUAAUUCACCACGAGGAAGUGAAAACUCAAAACACAUGAGCUAGAUCGCUAACACUAAAUAUAAUACCCACUGCUAGUAGUCAUGUAUUCAUCUAACAGUCAAUUGAAUGUCCUAAAAAAACGUUGUAGCCUGCAACCCUAUGCACUCGCAAUGGCCGACGCGCAUUUCACGCCCUUCCCCAUCAAAAUCUGUCAGUGUUUUUGCAUUGGCUGUGUCUCAAUCCACCACAUCCACCGAUGUCGCCCUUCCGCAUCUGCGGUGAAAGGUGGCAGAGCAACAGCGGUGUUUGUCAGACCAUGAGACAUCCCGAAAAUCGGUCUUCUCGCAAAUGUCUGUAGCGCCCGAAAGUUUUGGCCUACUAAAUAUUACGGUGUUUGAUGGUGUUCGCCGUUUUGCUCUACGACUCUCGCAAGCGUCACGGGACUCGAUUUGAUUGCUUCGUCUGUCUGUAGCGUCCGAACAGUUUGGGCUACACCAUUCUAUGGAAAGGCGAGUCUCAUGAGCACGUACAUGUUGGUUGUUUUGGUCAAGGACGAACACAAGCCUCAAGACUCAUCUGAAGGUACCCCGGUACGAGUUAAAGAAAUGAAUGGAAGUAGUUUAGUGCCUAAAAUAAGGGGUUAAAUAGGGGUAAAAAUAAUUUGUGUAAAUAUAUUUUUAUACCUUAAGGGGUCUUAAAAUGUAAAAUCAAAGAGGUAAAUGACCCUCAAACCACAGGUAAAUUUAAGUAUUUGAUCACCUACCAAUCAGUAAGAAUUCCGGCUCUCACAGACCUGUUAGUUUUUCUUUAAGAAGCCCUUCUGUUCUCCACUCAUUACCUGUAUUAACUGCACCUGUUUGAACUCGUUACCUGUAUAAAAGACACCUGUCCACACACUCAAUCAAACAGACUCCAACCUCUCCACAAUGGCCAAGACCAGAGAGCUGUGUAAGGACAUCGGGGAUAAAAUUGUAGACCUGCACAAGGCUGGGAUGGGCUACAGGACAAUAGGCAAGCAGCUUGGUGAGAAGGCAACAACUGUUGGCACAAUUAUUAGAAAAUGGAAGAAGUUCAAGAUGACGGUCAAUCACCCUCGGUCUGGGGCUUCAUGCAAGAUCUCACCUCGUGGGGCAUCAAUGAUCAUGAGGAAGGUGAGGGAUCAGCCCAGAACUACACGGCAGGACCUGGUCAAUGACCUGAAGAGAGCUGGGACCACAGUCUCAAAGAAAACCAUUAGUAACACACUACGCCGUCAUGGAUUAAAAUCCUGCAGCGCACGCAAGGUCCCCCUGCUCAAGCCAGCGCAUGUCCAGGCCCGUCUGAAGUUUGCCAAUGACCAUCUGGAUGAUCCAGAGGAGGAAUGGGAGCUUUUUGGUCUAAACUCCACUCGCCGUGUUUGGAGGAAGAAGGAUGAGUACAACCCCAAGAACACCAUCCCAACUGUGAAGCAUGGAGGUGGAAACAUCAUUCUUUGGGGAUGCUUUUCUGCAAAGGGGACAGGACGACUGCACCGUAUUGACAGGAGGAUGGAUGGGGCCAUGUAUCGCGAGAUCUUGGCCAACAACCUCCUUCCCUCAGUAAGAGCAUUGAAGAUGGGUCGUGGCUGGGUCUUCCAGCAUGACAACGACCCGAAACACACAGCCAGGGCAACUAAGGAGUGGCUCCGUAAGAAGCAUCUCAAGGUCCUGGAGUGGCCUAGCCAGUCUCCAGACCUGAACCCAAUAGAAAAUCUUUGGAGGGAGCUGAAAGUCCGUAUUGCCCAGCGACAGUCCCGAAACCUGAAGGAUCUGGAGAAGGUCUGUAUGGAGGAGUGGGCCAAAAUCCCUGCUGUAGUGUGUGCAAACCUGGUCAAGACCUACAGGAAACGUAUGAUCUCUGUAAUUGCAAACAAAGGUUUCUGUACCAAAUAUUAAGUUCUGCUUUUCUGAUGUAUCAAAUACUUAUGUCAUGCAAUAAAAUGCAAAUGAAUUACUUAAAAAUCAUACAAUGUGAUUUUCUGGAUUUUUUUUAGAUUCCGUCUCUCACAGUUGAAGUGUACCUAUGAUAAAAAUUACAGACCUCUACAUGCUUUGUAAGUAGGAAAACCUGCAGAAUCGGCAGUGUAUCAAAUACUUGUUCUCCCCACUGUAUGUAUGUGUGUAUAUGUAUAUGUAUAUAUGUAUAUGUAUAUGUAUAUGAAAAGGGAGGCCCCUAGUGAUUUGUCACAGUGCCCUGGAUAUAGGAUCUGGCUGCGUUUUACACAGGCAGCCCAAUUCUGAUCUUACAUUUUAGUAAUUUAGCAGACUCUUAUCCAGAGCGACAUACAAUUAGUGCAUUCAUCUUUAGAAAGCUAGCUGAGACAACCACAUAUCACAGUUGUAGUAAGUACAUUUUCCCUCAAAGUAGUUAUGUUAUUUUGCAAUGAUUUUUUUUGUCCAAUUAUUGGUCUUUUGCCCAUAAUUGGGCAAAAGAUCAGAAUUGGUCUGCCUUUGUAAACAACGCCAACUUCGCCUCAACCAGAGAAUCAUACCAAUGCAUUUUUCCAUGCAAUGUGAAGCUCAUUGUUUCUAUCUCUUCCCGUGUGUGUGACUGUGUAUGGCGUGUGUAGGUGGCGUGGCCAGAGCUGAUCGCCAUCAGGAAGGCCUGUAUCAGCCUAGAGGAGGACUAUCGACCGGGCAUCACCUACAUCGUGGUUCAGAAACGCCACCACACCCGCCUUUUCUGCUCCGACAAGACAGAGCGAGUGAGUGGAGACCCAUGUAGAGCAGGGGUGUCAAACUCAAUUCCUGGAGGGCUGUGUCUGUGGUUUUUGAUGGGAGUUCCAAAGCAAUUAACUUUAAAUGAUCUAUCGAGUACAAGGGAGGAGUGAAGACACGCAGCCCUCCAGGAAUUGAGUUUGACAUCCCUGAUUUAGAGGGUGCAAUUAUCCGCAGGUCUAGGAUCAGAUUACCCAACUGUAAGCCAUUAGGGAGAUGAAACGACAUCUGACCCUCUAUCUGUGGUUAGGGGCAACUUCUACAUACAGUACAACAUGAGGGAGGGCAUCUAGGGCUGUGGCAGCGUUCCAAUACUUUUUAAAUGCAUCUCUCCAAACACCUAUCCUUGGAGUAAUCUCUGAGCUGGCAUUUCACUGGAUUGAUGAUUUAGACACCGCUAAAGUAAGAGGGGUUGCAAAGAGUUAGCACCUUUUGAACUAGCACUCUAGCAUGUCCAGUGUCUGUAAUCACAACCAUCUCCCCCUACAGGUUGGAAAGAGUGGCAACGUCCCAGCCGGAACCACGGUGGACAGCACAAUCACCCACCCCUCCGAAUUUGACUUCUACCUGUGCAGCCAUGCUGGGAUCCAGGGCACUAGCCGGCCCUCCCACUACCACGUCCUGUGGGACGACAACUGCUUCACUGCCGACGAGCUCCAGCUGCUCACCUACCAGCUGUGCCACACCUACGUCCGCUGCACCCGCUCUGUCUCCAUCCCCGCGCCAGCCUACUAUGCCAGGCUAGUGGCAUUCCGUGCCCGCUACCACCUAGUGGACAAAGAUCACGACAGGUAAUGACGAAAGUUGCAAGGCACAAGGCCAGAAUACUUAGGGGUAUCACAGAUAUACAGUACCAGUCAAAAGUUUGGAGACACCUACUCAUUCAAGGGUUUUUCUUUAUUUUUACUAUUUUCUACAUUGUAGAAUAAUAGUGAAGACAUAAACUAUGAAAUAACACAUGGAAUCAUGUAGUAACCAAAAAAGUGUUAAACAAAUCAAAAUAUAUUUUAGAUUCUUCAAAGUAGCCACCCUUUGCCUUGAUGACAGCUUUGCACACUCUUGGCAUUUUCUCAACCAGCUUCAUGAGGAAUGCUUUUCCAACAGUCUUGAAGGAGUUCCCACAUAUGCUGAGCACUUGUUGGCUGCUUUUCCUUCACUCUGCCGUCCGACUCAUCCCAAACCAUCUCAAUUGGGUUGAGGUUGGGGGAUUGUGGAGGCCAGGUCAUCUGAUGCAGCACUCUAUCACUCUCCUUCUUGGUAAAAUAGCCCUUACACAGCCUGGAGGUGUGUUUUGGGUCAUUGUCCUGUUGAAAAAGAAAUGAUAGUCCCACUAAGCGCAAACCAGAUGGGAUGGCGUAUUGCUGCAGAAUGCUGUGGUAGCCAUGCUGGUUAAGUGUGCCUUGAAUUCUAAAUAAAUCACAGACAGUGUCACCAGCAAAGCACCCCCACACAUCACACCACCUCCUCCAUGCUUCACGGUGGGAACCACACAUGCAAAGAUAAUCCUUUCACCUUCUCUGCGUCUCACAAAGACACGGCGGUUGGAACCAAAAAUCUCAAAUUUGGACUCAUCAGACCAAGGGACAGAUUUCCACUGGUCUAAUGUCCAUUGCUCGUGUUUCUUGGCACGAUAAGUCUCUUCUUCUUAUUGAUGUCCUUUAGUAGUGGUUUCUUUGCAGCAAUUUGACCAUGAAGGCCUGAUUCCCUGAACAGUUGAUGUUGAGAUGAGUCUGUUACUUGAAUACUGUGAAGCAUUUAUUUGGGCUGCAGUUAACUCUAAUGAACUUAUCCUCUGCAGCAGAGGUAACUCUGGGUCUUCCUUUCCUGUGGCGGUCCUCAUGAGAGCCAGUUUCAUCAUAGCGCUUGGUUUUUGCGACUGCACUUGAAGAAACUUUAAAAGUUAUUGAAAUGUUCCGGAUUGACUGACCUUCAUGUCUUAAAGUAAUGAUGGACUGUCGUUUCUCUUUGCUUAUAUGAGCUGUUCAUGCCAUAAUAUGGACUUUGUCUUUUACCAAAUAGGGCUAUCUUCUGUAUACCACCCCUACCUUGUCACAACACAACUGAUUGGCUCAAACGCAUUAAGAAGGAAAGAAAUUCCACAAAGAAAUGUUUAACAAGGCACACCUGUUAAUUGAAAUGCAUUCCAGGUGAAGCUGGUUGAGAGAAUGCCAUGAGUGUGCAAAGCUGUCAAGGCAAAGGGUGGCUACUUUGAAGAAUCUAAAAUAUUACUUGUGUUAUUUCAUAGUUUUGAUGUCUUCACUAUUAUUCUACAAUGUAGAAAAUAGUAAAAAUAAAGAAAAACCGUUGAAUGAGUAUGUGUGUCCAAACCUUUGACUGGUACUGUACAUUAAAUGUUUUUUAGCCAGAACAGACACAAAUGGACUGUAUUAGCGGCCCUAUACGUUAGAUUUAUAUCUGCAACAUAUUAUGCAUCUAGUUUUACUGAAUAUACCGUUUUUGUUUGGCAUGAUGCAAAUACAUGAUGGUAAAUGUUGUUCAGUAUGACUAGUUGUAAUGGUGGAGCCCAACAGUAGUGGUUUUGUGCUCUUGUUUCUCUUACGUUAUCAUGUAUCUGACCCCUCUCUCUCGUCCUGUCCUGCAGUGCGGAGGGCAGCCACGUGUCGGGCCAGAGUAACGGUCGGGACCCCCUGGCCCUGGCCAAGGCAGUCCAGAUCCACUAUGACACUCAGCACACUAUGUAUUUUGCCUGAGCCACGCUAGCAAUGUGCGCUAUUCUGUCCUCCCUCUCCUCUCUUUUUGCCAGUCUCUCGAUCUUUCUCUUGCGUCUUGAUGUGCACCAAAGCGGUUCGAAGCCAGUGAAGUGUGCCAGUGGAGUAUUUUCCUUUUCGGAAAACGACAUCCGGCGUUCCUGAUCGAGCCGCCCUCUACCAGCAAUCCGGCACUGAGAGACCGUUGGGGUUUCCGAUGCACAGAGAAAACAAAAUACACACACAAGUUGAGCCAAUAUGUUUUUGGGGGUUCGUUUUUUUUUUGAAUGUCUUUUUUUGUUUUGGAAAAAUACACUGAGCAAUGGAGCGGACUGACGCCAAUAGUCAGUGGCAGCUCUUAGCUCUCCCAGCUCAGCAGGACUCUGUCUACUUUUUACCUCAAAGCCCCUUUGGGGCGAAAAUCUGUCACAAGGUCUUGGGUUGGGGGGGGGGGGGG